CGAAGUGGCGGCAAUGAGGACCAACACGAUUGUGUCCCUGAAGCAGCUGGUGUAUAAAAAGGCUGCCCAUUGCUGGUAGCUGGCAUAUGUUCGUCGCGCUUCGAAGCUGAAGUAUCUCAGUGAAAAUUGCGGAAUAUACAGUAGAAAAGCAAACCGUUGUUAUUUGAAAGUAAAAUACAAAUUUGUGUCUCAGAUAAGAAAUCAAAAAAAUAUUUUGGAAAAAAGUGCAAGUGUCACCAAAAACCGAAAAACCCCUUAAGCGUAUUUGGAUUACUAAUACAUACGCAAAAACUAUCAAAGACAAGAAAUAAAGUGUGAGAAAAUUUUGUUUUUAACAAAGCCAAAAAUUUGGCUACAAGAACUGUUGAAAUCAAUUAAAGACAGCAAAAAAGUGUUACAAACCAAACAUCAACAAAUACAAAAUGGAUAAUUUAACACCGCAAAAACUCAACAAACCAACAACAUCAUCUUCUAGCAGCACAUCCAACUCAUCAGAGUUCGCUGCGAAGCACACCACAGCCUCACCCGUACACGUCGAUCACAAAUCCGUUUCCUACUCAAGCACAUCCUCUUCGAGCGACAGCAAAAUGUCCAAAACAAAAUUGACACGCGAUCAGAAAGUAUCGCGCGGCUUUCUCAACUGCAUCGGCAAGCAUUUGGGUUGCCCCUUUCUGCAGCAAAAUCCACGGCAUCUGCCACAGCAGCAACUCCAGCGCUACAUCUACAACAGCCAAGACGAUUUGCCCAGCUCCUCCACAGAUUCGUUCUCGCUCAGCUAUGAACGCGGCUCACACACGGGCUUCCACCUCACCGGCUCCAGCAUCGAUCUCACUUGCGGUGAUCUCAAUGACUUCGCACAAGAGCCGAAAACGCAGCAGUAUCAAAGGCAACACGCCUCACGCAAUACGCUCUCCUCAUCGGCGUACAGCGGCUCCUCAUGCUCACCAGCGUUCUGCUCAUUUGACGUCGACUGUUUGGUGGAUAUCUAUAGCGGUGAUGUUGACGCCGAUGGUGACGAGGUCUCGCUAAAAAUGUACCAGCAGCAGCAGCAACAGCACAUCAGCUCCAACAACAAUGUGGCGCAUAGUUGCAGCUCUGGUAACAAUACCGAUACAAAUAGCAGCGAUGACGAUGAUGAAUGCUCCACACAUGAGGAGUGCUGUGAGCAAAAGCAGAAGCGCAAAUGUCUGAAGCACGAAGCACAACAACAUCACCAGCAGACGCAUCAGCAGCGCCACGAACAACAAAAAGAGCACACAACACACAAGCGUCUGCACCUGAGUCGCCUAUCCAUCGCCUCGUCGGUGACACGCAUGUUGAACCAUUUCGCCAGCAGCACGUCGAUGAGGUCGUUGUCGUGCAGCAGCACACCGCUGCGCUGCUUCAAGGAUGCCAAACCGAAGGAGGCUGAUGACGCAGCCGCGCAUUUGAAUGCCAGGAAUAAGAGCGAGCACAAGAAGCACAGCUUGCCGAACACGUCGUCAUCGUCGGCAUCGUCCAGCGGCAGCCGCAGCAGUAGCAGUGGCAGUAGCAGCAGCGGCGGCGGCGGUAAAAGCAGCAAUAGCGUCAGCGGUAAGAAGAAGGAGAAGAAGCAGCAGAGUAUAUUGCGGCCGCCAGUACAUUAUGUCUACACGAAGGGCAUGUCCGGCCUCUACUCGCGUGUGCCGCGCUACACCGUCUGCUCGCCCUAUGCAAUGCAUUAAAGCGACAGCUAAGGGCAGAGGGUGACCGUUCGGCGUGCGGAAAUGUGAGAUAAAUGAUUUAUGCAUAUAUACACCAUGUAUACAAACAGAGACGUAUCGAAAAAGAGGCUGACUAUCUAAGUAUUAUAGUACGUAGAGAUUCGUAGGUUUGGAGAAGUCGAAACGUUUUUUUCCAAAUGACAACAGCAAAAGACUUGUAAUUCAUAACAAAACAUAAUAAUACCGUUAAGUGUACAUAAAUGAUUAGUUUAACCCGUAGUUACUUGUAAGCGUCUAAGUAUAAGCUCGAAGGAAUAAGGUUUGGUUUAAAAAAAAACAAAAGACAUAAUAAUGGAAAUCGCAGUGCCUCGAGUUUAAUGAUUUGAAAUGUAUGAACAAAUAUGUAAAACAUAGUAUAUACAUAUAUAUGUACACCAAACACCCCUAGUGGGUGUGUUGUAGUCGGUUUAGUCAACUUAAUGUAAAACCUUGCAAAAUUUCUUCCAUUCAAAGCUGCAUAUUUUUUCUAAAAGAAAGCGGUAAAACGAAAUAAAAUUAAAAUGAAAAAUUUUAUUCAAAAAGCACUGAAAAGUUCAAAAGUUUCUUCCAUUACUACAAGGAAAAGUAUUCAACUAUCAAAUAGUUUAAAAAACGCUGUAUAUUCAAUUAUUCUAAACAAAAUUUUAAUUAUAUUUAUUAUUAAUUAUU